CACCGUUAUAAUCACCUCAGCGGCGGACGGAGCUCCUUUAGACCACUGGUUCUCCUGGGAAAACAGCUCCGAGAGGAAAAAAAGGAAAAAACAAAAACGAGCUGAAACAUGUUUACUCGCUGCUUGCUCCUCGUUUCUCUCUAUGGGGCUGUCGCCAAAGUUGCAGGAACAACAACAUUGGAGCCACCUAAUGUGACCACAACUAUUCACAAUCCUACAGAUGGCGACAACACAACCACAAAUUUCAGAACCACAGUCGUAAUGAAUACAGCUACUGAACACACAACAAGAGAAACAACAGUGACAACAGAAGCUCCUACUCUGGAGACAACCACCGCAGAUACAGUCAACAGCAAGAGUACUGAGACCAUCACCACAGGAAGCCUGACUGAUGCUCCUUCAGCUCCAACCACUGGUGGAUCCACAUUGACAGCAAUGUCAGUGACCAAUAGUUCACCUUCCAAUGAGACUACAAAAGCAACUGCUGAACCUCCUCUAACCCUCAAAGCAACCACUGGCACAUCGGUCACAGCCAUAACUGAUACGUCAACAACUGCACCGAUCCCCCCAACAAGCAAUGAUAUGAGCACCGGUACUUCGGUCACCUCGACAAACAACACCACAAUUACACAUUUUACAAGCACCCCAAUAGAUAAUGACACAACUGCAGGCAACAACACAACAACAUUUCCAGUUAGUACAACAAACAAUAACGCAACUACAGAUGCUUUGAUCAGACCUACAGGCAAAAGCACAACAUUUCCAGUUAGUGCAACAAACAACAACACAACUACAGAUGCUUUGAUCACACCUACAGGCAAAAUCACAACAUUUCCAGUUAGUACAACAAACAACCACACAUCUACAGAUGCUUUGAUCACACCUACAGGCAAAAGCACAACAUUUCCAGUUAGUACAACAAACAAUAACGCAACUACAGAUGCUUUGAUCACACCUACAGGCAAAAGCACAACAUUUCCAGUUAGUACAACAAACAACAACCCAACUACAGAUGCUUUGAUCACACCUACAGGCAAAAACACAACAACAUUUCCAGUUAGCACAACAAACAACAACACAACUACAGAUGCUUUGAUCACACCUACAGGCAAAAGCACAACACAAUUUCCAGUUAGUACAACAAACAACAACACAACUACAGAUGCUUUGAUCACACCUACAGGCAAAAGCACAACAUUUCCAGGUAGUACAACAAACAACAACACAACUACAGAUGCUUUGAUCACACCUACAGGCAAAAGCACAACAUUUCCAGUUAGUACAACAAACAACAACACAACUACAGAUGGUUUGAUCACACCUACAGGCAACAGCACAACACAAUCUCCAGUUAGUACAACAAACGAUAACGCAACUACAGAUGGUUUGAUCACACCUACAGGCAAAAGCACAACAAAAUUUCCAGUUAGUACAACAAACAACAAUGCAACUACAGAUGUUCCAGUCACCUCAACAUACACGGGCAUGACUACAGAUAGCCCAAUCUCACCUACAAGCAACAACACAACUACAGAUGUUCCAGUCAUCUCAACAUACACUGGCAUGACUACAGAUAGCCCAAUCUCACCUACAAGCAACAACACAACUACAGAUGUUCCAGUCAUCUCAACAUACACUGGCAUGACUACAGGUAGCCCAAUCUCACCUACAAGCAAUGACACAACUACACAAGUUAUUAUCACGACGUUAAGCAGCAACACGACCACAGAUGCACAGAUCACGUCAACAAGCAACAACACAACACAAGUUCAGACGACAGCGACAAGCAGCAACACAGCUACACAAGUUUCAGUCACCCCGUCAAGCAACAACAUGACUACGGAUGUUUCAGUCACAGCAAUGGGCAACAACACAACUACAGACGAACUGACCACACCGGCAGGAAACAACAAAACUACAACGGUUCCGAUCUCACCGACAAGCAGUGGCAUGAUUACAAAUGCCUCAAUUGCACCAACGGACAACUAUACAACUAUGAGUGUUACAGCAGUUACACCACUAGGCAAUGAUACAGCAACGACAACUACAAACAACUACACCACUGGAAAUGUGCCAAUAACAGCUACAACUAACACAGCAACUACGAGCCCACUUGUCACAUUCACAGACACAACGACCACUACAAGUGACAAGGCGACUGUAAGUCCACAAAUCACAUCGACCAGUAAUGGGCCUACUAUGGUCACCUCAAAUAAUGAUACAGCCACUACAUCGACUACAGAGAUGGGAAACACCACAAGUUUAAUUACCAGCACCCCAAAGGCCAGCAACAUGACAACAACUAUAAGUCCAUUUACCUCAAAUCAAACUGUCACCACACUAACAAGUUCUGGCAAAACUUCUGAGACUCCUGCAUCAACCGCCAUGCCCUUUUCUACCACCAUCACCAAUGGCACAGCAAUCACAACGGGAAGCCCAUCCUCUUCACCCACCGGCAGCGCUCCCCCUCCCGGGACCUCCCCAGUGACCAACAAUACUAUGGGACCAACCACUACAACUACUCCUUUAACAACAAAUUCCACCAUGAAGACCACACCGACCCAGGACACCAACACCCCUACCACCACCAGUGGAGCCAUUGCCACCACCCUUCCAACAACAGGUGGAACCACCGCGAGUCCUGCCAUCGAGUGUCCCAUUGCCCCAUGUCCUGCUCAAAGUGUCUGUCUUAAUGGCACUUGCCAGUGUCUCUCUGGCAACUACCUACUCAACGGACGUUGUGUUCCCGCACAAGUAUUCCCAGGAAGGCUUCAUUUCGUUUCCAAAAAUUUUGAUGAUCAGAUGAGAAACAGGUCCUCCAGUAUCUUUAGGAGUACAGCGGCAAACAUCUCAGCCUCACUCAGACAAGUCUUUAAAGAUGAGCCUGGGUAUAGACAAUCAGAGGUUGUUCAACUUGAACCUGGAAGUGUGAUUGCAAGCGUAAAUAACAUCUUUGAAAACAGCGUUGCCACUCAAGAGUCUGUUGAAAAGAUCAUCCGAGAGGCUACAGAAAGCUCCACAGGACCUCUGAGCAAUGCCAUAUACACAGCAACCAAUCUGUGUGAGGUGGAGCCAUUACCUUGUGAUGUCUCUAGUACAAAGUGCACAAAUAAAGACGGCCAAGCUUUUUGCUCCUGUAAAGAGGGCUACAUCUCCAUGGUCUACUCCAAUAGCAGCUGCAAAGCUUGUCCAAGCGGGCAGCAUGCAGUGGGGGAUACAUGCCUCAAAUGUUCAUUUGGGUUUGCUGGUUUCAACUGCAAUGACUCGUCCCUGUUGGCAGUGGUGGUCAUCUCCUGUGUGUUAGGAGGAGUUCUCCUCAUCCUUCUUCUAGCUUUGCUGGUUUACUGCUGCUGGAGGAGAUGCUCAAAAUCCAAACCUGACCGCCACACCAGCCCAUACUCUGAGGACUUAAGCAAAUCAUGGCCUAUAGGCAUCACCCCCAUCCCGCGUGCUACCACUAACUUGGACUCAUCCAUAGAGAUGACAGAAGGGGGCAGCACCAACACGCUGGUGGACAAAAAGCAACAAAGCAAUGGCUUUGGAUCUCAGCUGAAGCAGAAAAGAUGGCAUAAGUCAGGAUCGUACGAUCUGAAUCCAGAGGAGAUGAAGACCUUCAAAGGUAGAAACACGUCCCGUUACUCGUAUCUGGUCGAAGGGCACGAGAACCCCUACUUCCUUCCAGGCGAUGAGAAGAAGAACUGAGAUGGCAAAACUCCACAAAGAAGUGAUGAUCAAACUCUCUGGGACCACUGGCACACUUUCUGAGCAGAAACGGGUUAUUUAUGAACACAUUCUACAUUCUCAACCUGCAUGGAUAGAUGAAGAAUCAUCUGUAUGCGGGGAAAAAAAAACUGCAACCAAAGGGAUUCAAAUUGAGAUGUUUAUAUCAUGCUAUUUUUUAUGUAAACGUGUAAAUCAUAUCUGUUUUUUAAGAAGCACAGCCAGUAGGUGUCGAUGUCGCUCAUUAAUAUAACACAGUUCUUUUUAUCUAGUUUAUUUUUUAAUUAUGCUUCCUUUGCUGAUUGCACUAAAGUGUGUGUGAAGUUUACCUCUGUUUUUGAUCCUUUCAAUCAAAGAUGACUUGAUCGGUGGUUUCAUUAGGUUACUAUAACUAAUCCUCAGAAUAAUAUGAUCGCUUAUUAGAGAGACAAAUCUUAUACGACUAAAGGGGCUGGAUCCCUGGUUUGGGUUGUUUUUUAAAAAAUGUUUUAAGCAGUCUAAUCCUGAGUAUUGCAGAAUGUGCCUGGUUUAGUCGUCUGUUUUACAAAUAGGAAAUAUUAUGCAAUGCUGGUGAUAACGCCUGUCUCCUGGAUGUGCCAUUUACCACUUGUAAACUUUUUUUUGUGCAAGAAUCUAUAUCAAUAUAUUUAUCUCUUUGUAUGUGAGGCAGUACACUAUUUUGUAAGGGAAAUUGUGUUUUGUUAAUAUGUUAAAAUUUACGCUGAUGGGAGAGUGUGUGAGUGUGUGUAUGUGGUGACUGACUGGUGAAAUAAAAUAAUUUAAACAUAAA